GAGAAGCUCAAAGGUCUGGAUGAUGUAUAGUAUUUUUAAAAGUGGAAUGGAAACUGGACACAUCAGGGGGAAAUGUCACAACAGCAGCCUGGAAACAUUUCCCACUUUAUUUACAGAUCUGACACCAAGACGACGAGAUGGACGCUAUCAAAUGGGCACUUGUUCUUCUGUGUCUGGGCUCUAAAGGAAUUCAAGCUGAGCCCUUGCCUUGGACGGCCACGGUGCCAUCUUCAAUUAAAGGCCUGCCUGGAUCCUGUGUGGUGAUUCCCUGCAUCUUCUCCUACCCAGAACCGCAGAACCCGGUCACUCACUUCUCUGGGAUUUGGAUGGAUCACAUGAAAUUUAUCUAUCACCCAGUGGGGUCUCAGAUGAUGCAGGAGUAUAGUGGUCGGACAGAGCUGCUGGGAGACCCCACAGUCAAGAACUGUUCUCUAAAGAUAGACCCCCUGCAGUUAAGCGACACUGGACCAUUUUAUUUCAGGGUUGAAAUUGGAGAUCAUGACAAAUACUCCUACAAAGAGAGUGCAGUGUCUAUUGCAAUGAUUGAUGACCUAAAUCCCAUCAGGUUUUCUGUGGAUAAGGAGGUCGUGAUGGGUCGAUUGGUGACAGCGUCCUGCACCGUGACUCACAGCUGUCCCACCUCUCCUCCAGUCUUCACUUGGAAUCACCCUGGAAAACACAAGUUCCACUCACAGCAGCUCGAAGGGGGCCAGUGGGAAGCCACCUCACUGCUGACCUUUGACCCUACUCGUGCUGAUCACCACAUGCUCUUGCAGUGUGACGUCACGUACAAGGGCGGGCGGCACCAGCAAUCCUCUAAAGUCCUCACUGUACAGUAUGCUCCUGAGAUUAAGACGGCCUCGACCUGCUCCUCGGAUAAGACAAUGGUCACGUGCACAUGCAUUGCAGAGUCCAGUCCUCCAAGCACUGUUCAUUUCCUUCUUUCUGUUAUCAUCCUGCCGAAUGUUACGGUGGAGACACACGGCUCUCUGACCUUUGCCACUCUGCGGCAACACUUUGAAUCCUCUGGGUUUGUGCAGUGCCUUGCAAACAACACUCUGGGCAGCGCCAAUGUCACGCUCUCUAUACUUGUGCAUGAUGAGAUGAAGAACAUUUACACUGGUGUCGCCAUUGGUGUGCCUGUUGCAGCUGUGAUCUUGUUAGUCGUGGUGCUGCUUAUAAAAAGUAGGGGGAGACCUGCUCAGCAGUCAACACUGCAGGUCAUGGGGUCAGACAAACCUCAGAGGCCUCCUCAAUACACCACUGCACCAAGUUCACAAAGGAAAGAAAGACGUAAAGAUAAUGACCGCAAAGACAACAAGUCUGCUAUUGACACUAAUGACUGUAUAUAUAACAACAUGGAGGUAUGUCUGUUUUGUUUGUUUGUUUGUUUUUUCGUCACGGUGCAGUUUUUUAUGACUUCCUGACA